AAAUUUUUUUUACUUGUCAAGUCAUUGACUUCUUGGUCCUUGAGGUGUUACUGGAAAUUAUCAUGGUUAUUUAAUCGCGUAUGAUAGGUAAAACAAGAAAGAUAUGGUUUAUGAAGGUAGAUUAAUUGGAAAUUUUCGAGGUUAUUCAAUACUUUCACUUAUCUAGUCUAUGACAAAUAGCUGGAGGUUUCCGAACAGAAUUGUAAACUUCUAUAAAAAAUUCAAAAAAGUGACCAAAAUGUCUUCCAAACACUUAUCGCUAGGUUCUGAAGAUCCGCCCCGUGUAGAUGGAUUGCUCAGAUUGUAUGCAAUGAAAUUCUGCCCAUUCGCCCAAAGGACACUAUUAGUUUUGAAAGCCAAAGAGAUUCCCCACGAAGUGGUUUAUAUCAGUUUGUUCAAAAAGCCUGAAUGGUACAGCAAAAUCCAUCCAGGAGGUGAAGUCCCUGCCCUUCUAGAUGGAUCGAAGGUUCUAGUCCAAAGCUUAGAUAUUUGCGACUACCUUGACGAAAAGUAUCCUCAGAAUCCUCUGUAUCCUGCGGAACCUGAAGCCAAGAAUCGCGAUAAAGAACUUAUCGGAAAAAUUGGAUCGGUGACUUCAGUUUUUGCCAAAUGUUGCUUCACCAGUGAGGAAAGAUCGGCCUCAGAAUGGUUGAAACUUCUCUUGGAACCCCUGCAGGAGUUUGAGGAUGAACUUGCAAAAAGAGGAACAACGUUCUUUGGAGGAGAGAGGCCCGGAAUGGUAGACUACAUGAUGUGGCCCUGGGCAGAGAGAGGAGAGUGUAUCUACCUUAAACUUGGCGAAAAGUUGCCUCUGGAAGACAACCACAUUCCACUGCUCCGAAAAUGGAGAAAAGAAAUGAUGAAACAACCGGUGUGUCAAGAGCUACUCAUUACUGGAGAUAGGUUCUGGAAGAUAGCCCAGUGUAAGCUUACGGGAGCCGAACCAGCUUAUGAUGAAGUUUGAAGAAGCUGCCCAUGAUAUUAUUUCAAUUCCUUCCCUGUAUUUUUUGUAGAAUAAAUUGAGUACUUAAGAAG